AGCAGACUGCUGUUUGUAUGUCAAAUGACUAGACUAGUAUACAUUCGUAAAGGGCUUAGGCUGAAAAUUGUAGGCCACUCAGCUAGGUCAGGUUAGUUGGUGGGUGCUGCUGACUAGAUUUUCCUUCUUUGCUCCGUGACCAGAAAAACAUGUCAGGUAACGUUUUCUCAACAUACUAGGGAGUGAUUGGUUGUGGCAAAUAACUGUGAGCAGUCGCAGUUUUUUCGAUCCACUUCAUAAACAUUACGUCGAACAUUUAGGUCUACUUUCAAUCUCAAAUGAUUACAUCUAUAAAACCCAUGUAAAUCAUGUACUAUCUUGCAUUUCUUGGAUACUGUACCUAGCGCAGACCGUGAAACGUUUGUAACCUUUUUAGAAAGUGCAGGUGGCGUUUCAAACGCGACCGGAGCUGCCUUCACUCUGGUCUUAUAACAACAGUUUAUGAUUUAGUGGAUAAAAAGGUACAAGUUUACGAGGCAACUACCAACAACGGAUUACAAUGAUUGUUAUUUUGUUUUUCAAUUUGCUUUUUGUCCUGUGUGCUACAGGUAACCCAAACACAGAGUGUGAUGCAUCCGAAAUGGGAAAGCUAACGUGCAAAUUUUCCACAAAUAUCCACUCUACACAGACGGAUUUUUCCGUUUAUUUUCAUUCCGAUAAAGGUCAUGAAGAGCUGCUGGUUGACUGUGUAUGGGUGGAUGACGAGCUUCAGUGCCUUACCCAGGAAGGCUUUGAGUGCAAGCAGCCGGUUUCGCAAAUUGCUGAGAUUAGUCUGCCAUCACGAUUCGUAAACAGUUCCGGGACAUACAAGUGUAUUGCAGGCUCUGGACAUGGAAACGUCCAAUCGUGUCAAGUUGGUAAAAGGCAUCAAGAAAGCCAACAAGAAAAGAAACAGGAAUUUAUAGAACUUGAGAACAGCAACUAUCCUGAUGACAAAGGGAAGAGUUCUCUAGUUCCUUUGUAUGCCGCCAUCGGAUCUACUUUGGGAGUGAUCGCAGUUGCCGCAAUCAUUUUGGUUCUGCUUGUGAGGCGUAAGAUACAAAGAAGUUAGUAUAAUUUUCCCCUGAUUAAAAGAAUAAAAUAUGAUCAGAUAACAACCGUUCAUUAAGACACUAAGUAAUUAAACUUAAAUUAACCUUAGCUAAACUAGUGCAUUGAGACACUAAAUCUUUUAUUCUAGAAAGCACAG